AUGAAUUCCAAGAUACUGGAAGUUUUAAAUUUGAUAGAGGAAAAAUCCUUUAAAAAAUGUGAAAAAGUAAUUACGUCAGGAUUGAAAGGAAAGAAGAAUGAAAAAAUAUAUUUGUUGUUAAAAUGUUUACUUCAUUCAUAUGUGAAUGAAAUAAAGGAAUGCAAAGAAAUGUUGGAAUCAGUGGAUAUAGAUGACCUGGAUGAAAAUUCGUUUUAUAUAUUGAGAAUAAUAUUUACAAAUCUGAAUGAAGGUGGAAAUUUAAUCAGUUUAUAUGAACAUCAAUUGAAAAAAGCGGAAUCUAACAAGCAUGGAAUGAUCGUUGAUAAUGUAAGUAACGAUAUUAUUAGAAGCAGUGGUUCAAAAGUAUUGGAGAAACAAAAGAUUGUAGAUAUAGAAAUAGUUUUAAAAAAUCUCUUUGACUAUUGUUUGAAUACAAAUUUUUUUAAAAAAGGCAGUAAUUUGUGUCUAAAAUUAUACAAAAAUACAUGUGAUUCGAAAUAUCUGCUUUAUAACAGCUACCUUUUAUAUAUGAACAAUUCAAAUAAUAAUCCACAAAUUUAUAAUUUGUCUCUAAGUUUUUUAAAAAAUUACAAAUGUUACAGUAACAAUAAAGUUACAGAGAAUUUUUCUUUUUUUUUAGUUUUCUUUUUCAAUAAUAUAAAAUUAAGAAAUUAUGAAGAAUGUGUCAAAAUAUUAGAAUAUGCUAAGAGUAAUAAUUUCUUUCUGAACCCGUUACAAUACCAGGUAUAUAAAUUAUAUACAAAUUUUAUUUUUAAUAAACUAAAUGAUUGUAUAGAUGUGUUAAUAAGCUUAAUCAAGGAGCUAUCUGAAAAUAGUGAUUACUACAUCUUAUAUAUAGAUCUUAUUAUUUACCUACUAAACAAAAAUGAUAAAGAUUUAAAAGUAGAAAAUGUUUUCAAUCUAUACAAAAAUGAUUUAAUGUAUUUGGAAUUUUUUCAAAAAUGUUUAAUAAAUGUGUGUGUUCAGAAACUUAAAGCAUUUCCUCAAAAUAUUUCUACCUUUUGGAAUUGCAUUGAAAACAAGGAUUCUGAUAGUGCAACAAAUUCUGAACGAUAUUUCAAGGAUGUUAUGAAUUUAGUUCUUUCCUUCGAUAGAGAAGAUAAUAACAAUAUGAAUGAUAAGGAAAGUUUAAAAGACGAUACGGAUGAAUGCUCAUGUCUGUUCGAGAAUAUAAUAAACACAUUGGAAAAACUUAUUGAAGAAUACAAAACGGACGUUAUGAAGAUAUAUGAAGAACACGAUGUAAAGAUAUACAUCUACAUGUUACUUUCCUUUGUCUUAAAGGAAAGUAAAAAUUAUAAUUUAUUUUAUUCAAUUAAGAACCAUUUAAGUCUUUUGAAAGACGACAUGAUAGCCAUCCUUAUUGUGUUCAUAAAAAUUGUUUUAAAAAAAUUGUAUGUAGCAAUUAGCACAGAAAUGAAAACCAUAUCAUCAUUAUCAUCAUCAUCAUCAUCUGUAGAUAAAAAUGACCCGAAGAAAGAAGUACAAAAAAAUGUUCUACAAUUUUAUAAGCAAAUUUACAAUUUUGAAAAAUUAUUAUACGUAUUGUAUAAAAAAGAUGUACAUGAAUCUUUUAACCGUAUUUUUUCCAUGUUCAUACAAGUAACCAAUAAUAUGGAUUUAAAACUUCGAGAUGAUAACUUUGUUGUGCUUCUAGUCGAAAUGGCGUUAUAUCUAGACAAACACAACCUCUGUCAAUGUGAACAAAAGUGUAAUCUUGAUGAUGAUGCAACGCACAUGUACAAUUUGUUAAAUGAAAAAUCUGAUAGUCUCAACCUUCGAAAGUGUAAAACGGUGGAUGAAUUUUUGGGUCCAAUUGGAAUUUACGAUUGUGCAAAGGAUUGUAAGAUCACAACAAAUAGUUUAGAAAAAAAAGACGAGGUGGAAAGCAUAGAUAAGAGUACAACCAUAGGAGCUCCUUACAUCCCAAAUAUCACAAAUGAGACUACAAAUAUUUUUGACAUUAAUAGUGUAGAGAAAAACGAAAGGAAUAUACCCAUGAUCAAUAGAUCGUACUAUAUUGCUGCCCUGAGUGUAUUGAAAUAUUCAUAUAAUUAUCGCAUACGAAUGACAGAAAAGGAGAAUGAGGAAAAGAAAGUGAAACCUAUAUUAAACAAUGAUUAUAUAAAUGUAGUAGUUCUAAUGAUAUAUUUGAAUAAUGUGAUUGGAAAUUUUACCAAGUUUUCAACUUUGAUAGAAAAGUUAAAUAUUAAGAAUAUCCAGUUGAUAACAUAUUCACCCAUUUUGUUUAUUCAUACUUAUAAUUAUUCCUACUUUAGUUAUGCAGAAAAUUUGUUAAAAAACAUUUUAAAUUAUUACAAUGUACAGCAGGGGAAUUUGAAAAGUUCAGUUUCGAAAUGCUUUCAAAAUAAUUCCAUUUUUAAAGUGAACGAAAUUGUGAAUGCUUAUUUUUUAAAUUCUUCAAAUAUUAUUUUUUAUUUUAUUAAGUUGUUGUACAUUUUUAAAAAACAGUUAGAUGCAUCCCGAGUGGGAUUCUAUUUCAAUCUCUUUGGAAGUGUAAAAAAGGACUAUCCGAUUCAUAAUGAGCAUUGUACCAAAUUUCCUCCUAUGAAUAAUGGAGGAAAGGGUAACAACAUGAGUAGAAAUCGAAAUGAAAAAUUGAAUGGAAUCAAGAAGGCAACGAGUGUUCUAGAAGCAUUAAACCAUCAGAAGGAGAAAACUACCAUCCAUACAGAUGUAGAUGUAGAAGAAAAAAACAAGUUAAAUGGUACGAAUGUGAGAUGUACAAAUCAGAACAAGGAUAAUAAAUUUACUUAUGCUUCUAUAAAAAACGAUUUUCUAAAUAUGCUAAAAAAAAUGAAUGAAGAUAUACUGGACGAGGAACACAACUUUAAAAAUUACUACUCGAAAUUGAUGCUAGACAAAUUUAAUUUCCUGACAAUUGAUAAUCAAACGAUUUUAAUAAAAUAUAAUAUCCCAUCAUUUCGAUUCACAUUGUACAAAUCGUUUGACACGUUCUUUUACAACCAUAUGCUUUAUGAAACGCUAAAUCCAGUAGAAGAAUUUCAGUUCUUAAAGGACAUUAAAAUUUUGAACACAACAGAAGCGAAUAGUGUUAAUUUGCUGAAAGAUAUAAAGACAGUAUAUCCAAUGAUCAUGUUAUCUAGCUUUUACAAUUUGAAGGGUAGUGUAUACGUAACAAGCCAUGAAAACAUACUUGAUUAUAAAAAUAUGGGUGAUGUGUUACAACAUAGUGGUAGAAAUGUCUCUCAAGAUUCAGGCAUGAGUAGUUUCUUCAAGAAUACUAAAGAGAGUUGUAAAAACACAAGCAAUCAUAACAAUGAUGAUGAUAACAAUGAUGAUAAUAAUAAUAUCAUGAGCACUUGUGGCCGUAAUGGAAAUGAUAUUUCUUAUGAAAAGAUAAAAGAACAUGCUGAUUACAGUGUCGUAGAUCAUGAAAUUAACUUUUUCACAAACAAUAACAUUUAUGUAAGCUUUGACAAGGAUAAUUAUAAUUAUAGAAAUAAAUAUAUUUUCAAAUGGAAGAAUAAACCAAAAUUCCAAUUUAAUGAAAAUUCUUUUACCUCCCCUUUUAAUACAUGCUUAACUGAAUUAUUCAAUUAUCCUAUUCAGACCUUAUACCUGAAUGCUAUUAUUUUAAAUACAGUUAUGUAUUUAUUCCAUAAGUCCUUUUAUUUUUAUUCAUUUUCGGAUGAAUCUAAAAAGUUAAAGCUAAUGAAUAAGUCCAAAUGUGCCUUUUUGUACCUUACAUAUAUUAUCUCUUACUACCAACUGACGGAGAGUCUAAAUGAAGAUGAAUCUCUUUAUUUACAAAAAGAAUUAGAUGAAUUCACGAUUGAUGAAGAAAUUUUAUCCUUCAGAAGGGAAAGCGGUAUUGUUAAUCAUAACGAGAGUGCGAAUGGUAGUAAUUCUGUCGAAUCUUCUGUUGGUAUUGUGAAAAAGACAAAAACAUGUGUAGCAGCAGCACCGUCAACCAAAGAUUCUGUCCUAAUCGACCCCGUCUUUAAAAAAAAAUAUGGCGAAGAAAUAUUCAAAAGGUAUAAUAUUAUGCAAGCAGCAUACCACAAUGACAUAUAUAGCAAGAGUGCUGCCUUAUAUUAUAAAAGUUUAUUAUUAAAUUUAAACAUGUACUUAAGAAUCUUGGCAGGAGACAAAAACAUUAAGGAGUUUACUGAUAAGCUACAAUUUUUAGAUAAUAUUAUAUACCUCUAUAUGUCCAAUGAAUUAAACGUUUUUAAACAGCUUUUAAAAAAUGAUACAUCCUGUCAGAUUAUCAAUUUGUCUUGUUUGUUUAAGCAGUAUAAUUAUGUUGUACAUAAUAUUACGAUCUUUACUUUAACAAUUCAAUCUAUUUAUAAUCAAGGAAAAAAGAAAGUUUCCAGUGAAAAUAAUAUGCUUAUCAAAAAUUACCUUGUGAAAAAAAUUGGCCUACUAUCUGACAUAAAUAAAAACUUGCUUUCUCUUUCCGAGGUGCUAGAUAAUUACAGCCCAGUAACAACAUUGGAUGUACUAAAAAAUUUUGAAUUGGAAUUGUUGAACGAAAUUGCCGUAUCGUGCAAGCAGCACGUUUUGAAUUUGUACAAUUUGUGUAAUGGGAAAGUGCAAAUUAUAAAGUCUUAUUUGUAA